AGCAGAGGCCAUUGAGUUUUUGUUGAGUUAAGAACGAGAAGUCGCUGGUAAAAGUUCGAGAUGUUGAAGGUAGUACUGUGUUUGGUGGUUUUGGGGGUGCUGCAGGACACCGAUGGGCACUCGUACCAUCUGGGUACUUGUCCCAACAUAGAUCCUUUACCGGGAUUCAACAUGAAAAAGAUGUUGGGAAUUUGGUACGUCGUCCAGAAAACUAGUACUGGUAGCACUUGCCUUACGUACAAUUUUACCCAAACUGAUGAGCCUGGGGAGUACUUACUGGAGCAAAAUAGUCAACAUUUAAUACUAGGACUGACGCCGUUGAAACAUCAGUACCACUACACCGGGAAGUUGUCAAUUCCGGAUGAGGCAGUACCAGGAAGAAUGAUAGUAAGAUUCCCACUCAAUCCAGCCGGUUCCGCUAGUUACACAGUAUUCAUGACCGACUACGACACCUACGCCGGAAUUUUCACGUGUCAAAAACUAGGCUUUGCCCACAGGCAGUCGGCUACGAUUUUGUCACGUGAGAAGACCUUGGAGCAGAUCUACAUCGACAAGAUACGUUCAAAGCUCUCGGCUUCCAAUAUCGACCCGUUUGACCUCUCCAUCAUAAGUCAGAAAGGUUGUCCAAAAGAAAAUGGUACCAAUAUUAACAUCGAUAGUGAGACCUUCUCGGCACACUCGGUGGCAGGAGUGAUUAGAAAAGCCGGAGAAAAAAUUGGAGAUGGGGUUGAGUAUGUUGCUGGUGGAGCAAAGAAAAUCUAUCAUAGGGUUACUGAUAGUGAGGAAGACGAAGAGAAGGGUAAAUUAGUUACUGUUAAUCCUAAUGCUGAAUGGCUGCCUUAAGUUACCACGUGAUGUGUUCAAGUGCCAAAUUAUUUUUUAAGACUGUGAAAGUUGCUCAGAUGUAGUAUAAUUUUUAAUAAAUACGUAAU